UAUGUGUCCAUUCUGCGUCCGCCUAUAAAUGAGAGGGGAUCUCGCACGUCUGCUGAAGUUAUGAACAAUAGCGAAUGGCUACAGGUCUUUGAUAUCAUGUGGAGCGAUCCACAGCAUAGUAAUGGCUGCAUUCCAAAUACAUUGCGUGGAGCUGGCACAUACUUUGGACCUAAUAUUACCGAACAAUUUUUAAGUGAUAAUAAUUUUAAAUACCUCGUUCGAUCACACGAAUGUAAGCCCGAUGGGCACGAAUUUACCCAUAACAACAAGGUUAUUACAAUUUUUUCUGCCUCAAAUUACUAUGCAAUAGGGUCAAACAAAGGUGCUUAUCUCCAAAUAGGUACAAAUUUGCAGCCCCACUUUGUGCAAUACAUAUCAGCUGCUUCAAAAACUUCUGCAUUAACAAUUCGCCAGAGAGUUAGUUUUAUCGAAAGCUCUGCGAUAAGAGCGUUAGGGGCUCGUAUACGUGAUAAACGUACACUAUUGGAAGCUGAAUUUAGAAAACAUGACCCAAAACACACUGGAAUUAUUAGUAUUACAAAGUGGUGUUAUAUAAUGGAAAAAGAAACUAAUUUAACUCUUCCGUGGCGUUUAUUACGUGAUAAACUAGCACCCAUGCCAGAGGGAUCCCCGCCAAAUGAUGUAAACUAUCUCGUAACUUUAGAAAUUUUAGACUCGGAUAUAAUAAUAGAGACACAGAAAGAGGAAACAAGUGUUGCUGAGUCACUUUAUCGAAACAAAAGCAGUUUAGUUGCAAUAUUUAGCAUUUUAGAUAAAGAUAGCAAUGGGGUCAUAUCCAUUGAUGAAUUUAAAGAGACAUGUACUUUAUUACAAAAACAUAUACAGAAUUCUAGUGCUUUCGGUAAUAUGUUUGACAAAUUUAAAAUGAUGGAUCUUAACAAAGAUGGCUUUAUUGAUCUCAACGAAUUUCUGGAAGCAUUUCGAUUAAGCGAUCAAGCUAAUAAAUCUAAUACUUUACCUUCACACAAGAAACAAAUUCGAGGACAAAAUCAUGAUAGUGUCAAACAGGUCACGAAAUCCUUGGCGAGACAAAUUUCUGAGCCGGAAGUUAUUGAUCCAACAGAUUUUACAUCUAAGUAAUUAAAAUUUAAAUUCAUCUCUUAUAUGGUCACGAUUAUAAAAUUUUACACUCACAUUUUAUUGCGAUUUGAUAUAUUUCUUCCUAAAAAAUGUACAUAAAUCUUAAUAAAUGUGGUAGUUUUAAAUAUA